GGUAGCUUCAAUGGCGUCGCCGCAGCAUGUCAACGGUGAAGAUAACAGUGUUAUUGCGAAUUCCGGAAUGAGUUUUGAAGGUGGUUGGUACGUCCUCGGUCAAGAUCAACAACAAAUUGGCCCUUAUACUGCUGCUGAGUUGCGUGAGCAUUAUUCAAGCGGGUAUCUUGUGGAGAACACCCUUGUGUGGACUGAAGGGAGAAGUGAUUGGCAGCCGUUAUCUUCUAUUCCUGGAUUGUUGGCGGAUAUACCUCAACAGAGCACUGGUUAUCCAACUGGUGCGGCCUUUGUUAAUGAUGAAGAUGAGUUUGAAAAGUUUCAAAAGGAGGUCAAAGAGGCUGAAGCAGAGAUCAAUGAUGAUCUAGACAGGCCUUCCACUCCACCAGAGGGUGAAGAAGAAUUUACUGAUGAUGAUGGUACUAAGUACAAAUGGGACAGAUCUCUUAGGGCUUGGGUUCCUCAGGAAACUGCAUCAGAAAGAAAUGAGUAUGGUUUGGAAGACAUGAUUUAUGAAACUAAGGAAGCAACAUGCAGUAGCAAGAGAAAAUUGCGUGAGAAGAAGGAAGCCAAUAAACCAGCAGAUAGUUGGUUUGAAUUAAAAGUGAAUACCCAUGUAUAUGUGACAGGAUUGCCGGAAGAUGUUACUCUUGAUGAGAUAGUUGAAGUAUUUUCCAAGCGUGGAAUUAUAAAGGAGGAUAUAGAUACAAAAAAGCCUCGAGUAAAGAUAUACGUUGAUAAGGAAACUGGAAAGAACAAGGGUGAUGCACUGGUAACAUAUAUGAAGGAACCAUCUGUUGAUCUAGCCAUCGAACUUUUGGAUGGGGUACCACUACGGCUUGGUGACAAGAUUCCUAUGUCAGUUACACGAGCUAAGUUCGAACAGAAAGGAGACAAAUUCAUAUCCAAGCAAUUGCAAGCAGACAAGCAAAAGAAGAGGAAACUUCAAAAGGUCGAACAGAAGAUGCUUGGUUGGGGUGGUCGGGAUGAUGCAAAGGUGUCAAUUCCAGCUACUGUUUUGCUUCGCUAUAUGUUUACACCAACUGAGCUAAGGGCUGAUGAAAAUCUGCGACCUGAGUUGGAGGCAGAUGUCAAGGAGGAGUGUGCUAAACUUGGCCCAGUUGAUUCAGUCAAGGUUUGUGAAAAUCAUCCACAAGGAGUGAUUUUGGUGAGAUUCAAAGACAGGAAGGAUGCCCGCAAAUGCAUUGAGAUGAUGAAUGGACGAUGGUUUGCGGGGAGACAGGUAAAUGCUAGUGAGGAUGAUGGUUCUGUUAAUCAUGCUUUGGUCAGAGAUUGGGAGGGGGAAGCUGAAAGAUUGGAGAAGUUUGGCGCAGAGCUAGAAACCGAAACCGAUGAUUAAGGAAGGAGGGUGUGGAGUGUGGGUGACAA